AUGAAGAUUAGUUGUCGAAAAAAUGGCAACUUGAGUGUGGAGCAAUUUGUUAAAGAGCAUAAUCAUUAUCUUUCAAGUUCAAACAAAACUCAUCUCUACAGAAGUCAUAGAAAUAUUUCUUCUUCUGGUGCAAUACAAAUUGAGAUGGCAAGUGAUGUGGGAAUCCCCCCAAAAGCAUCUCAUGAUCUUAUGGUGAAACAAGUUGGUGCGAGGGAGAAUUUAGGUUUUAUUCCGCAAGAUUACAACAACUACUUGCGAUCCAAAAGAACAAGAAAUAUUAGAGUUGGUGAUACAGGAGUUGAUGAAGAUGAUUUGAUAACUAAUAUUUUUUGGUGUGAUGCUAAGAUGAGAGCUGAUUAUGGCAAUUUUGGAGACGUUGUUUGCUUUGACACAACAUACAGGAAGAACAAUGAAGGUCGUCCAAUUGCGUUGUUUGUGGGUGUUAAUCAUCAUAAGCAGUCCAUAAUUUUUGGUGCAGCUUUAUUAUAUGAUGAAACAUCUUUGACAUUCGAGUGGUUGUUUGAUACAUUUACUAAAGCUAUGUGUGAAAAAAAACCAAUAACUAUUCUUACAGAUCAAGAUGCAGCAAUGAAUGCGGCAAUACAUUUGAGUGAAGUUUUUUCUGAAUUCAAAGAGUUUACUAAAGAUUUUGCCUCGUGCAUAUAUGAUUUUGAUGAAGAAGAAGAUUUUAUUUUAGCUUGGAACAUGAUGUUGACCAAGUAUGCACUUGAAGACAAUGAUUGGUUGAGACACAAAGGUAGUUUGGAUCCAAAAACUUGCAACAGUAUGCGAUAUAAAGAAUUGAGUGGAUUGUAUGUUCAACUGGUUACCAAGGCAGCAGAGAGGGAAGACACUUACAAGGUUGUUAAAGAUGGUUUGUUGAGUAUGUUUCAUAUGGUGGAUGAGAGAUUACAAGUUAAUGAACCAACUGCCCAACACUCUAUUGAAAGAGAGUUUGAAAGUGGCGAAGGAAACUCUCUUGGAGUCAAAGGAAUUAAAACAAAGAAGAAAGCGGUUUCAGGAUACGCAAUGUAUUCACUUCAUACCCUCGGCUCCACUCUUGGCAACAUCCUUGAAUGUAUAGCACUGGUAGCAUUUAAGACAAAGGUCUUCCAUCCAAACAUCAAUAGCAAUGACAACAUUUGCUUGGACAUACUCAAGGAUCAAUGGAGUCCAACUCUCACUACCAGCCAACUAGCAGCUGGAAGUCCAUUAAGGCGUGUCUACUCCAAACUCAAGUUUAAGAUAGAUCUUCGAACUGGUCCGGCGGGGUGUUGCCUGCACAUGUCGAAACGAAGGUUGGAAGGAGAAGGGCGGCGCCUCGUUGGGAUCACUGUUGCCGUCGACAGUUGGAAGACGCCGGGAUUUCGCACCGGCGAGGCUUCGGAGGGAUAG